GGAAACAAAACAAGAAUGCGCGGCAAGUCUCCCGCGCUACGUGUUAAUAUUUUACCCUCACCUCCCUCCAUUUUCCAUUCUGCCAACCAAAACCAACACUUUCACACACCAAUGAACCACCUCCGCCCCCAAACCCACAUCGCCCCCGCCGAUGAAUCUGCCGCAUACGGCGCCUCAUCCGCGGACGCAAAGCGCGGCAAGAAGCGCGGCAGUUACAACUGCGGCCGCUGCGGUCUCCCCAAGAAGGGACAUAACUGCAACGUCAAAACCCCUACUUCCCCUUCUCAUUCUUCUCUCUCCACCUUCUCUGCCGUUUCCGCAGCUCCUUCUUCUGCUUCCCUGGUGCGCCAGCCGCCGCCUAACCUCCGCCGUGCGCUUUCGUUCGAAGACGCCGUCGCCGGCGGUGGCUUCGAUGACGACCUGAUGGACCUCGCCGGUGGAGAAGCUGGAGGUGCAUUUCCCGAAUCCGAUCUCGAUCUGGAUCUGGAUUCAGAUUCUAGCGGUUUGCCGAUGAGCCUUCUGUGGGAAGUGCUGAGGAGGCUGCCGCCGGCGGGGCUAUUGUCUGCGGCAAGGGUGAGUAGAGUUUGGAGGGAGACGACGAAGAGGUUGUGGAGGGCAUCAGAGGAGUUGAAUGUUAGGGUUCCAGCGAGAGUUCAGGUGGGUUCUGUUGCGUCGAUGUUGCAGAAGUGCCCGGGGAUUGUGAAGCUCUCUAUUAAAAUGGAGAGUGAUGUGGAUUCAACCAUGUUGGCUUGCAUUGCAUUCUCAUGCCCCAAUCUGGAGUACAUGGAGAUCUCGACCACUGACACUGCUAUCAAUCGGAUCAAUGGGGAUGAAUUAAGUCGAUUUGUUUCGGAUAAGAAAAGUCUAAAGAGCCUCAAGAUGGAAGGCUGCUGUAAUCUAGGCCGUCUUGUUCUUUGUUCAUCUAGUCUUUCCACGCUUUGGCUGUCAGAUUUGUUCUCUCUUUCAAAGAUGGUCUUUAACUGUCCCCAGUUAAGAGAGAUUUCCUUGGAGUUCUCUCAUCAAGAAAAUGAUGGUACUGAUCUCAAAACUUUGAUGGAAGGUUUGGGAAGAAGUUGCCCCAGUUUGCAGAACAUACAUAUAUCUUCAAUGCACCUUUCUCAUGCUGUUGUGCUUGCUAUUACGGCUGCGCAUUUAAGGGAGUUGCGAAUGCUUUCACUUGUUCUUGGAUCUGAAAUAACUGAUGCAUCUGUUGCUGCAAUUGCUUCAAGCUACCCAAAUUUGGAAUUACUUGAUCUCAGUGGAUCUGGCAUAAGUGACAGUGGCAUUGGAAUGAUUUGCAAUGUAUUCAGUGAAACAUUGACAAGACUACUUCUUGCUCUUUGCCCCUGUGUGUCUUCAAGUGGUAUUCAAUUCGCUAUGGCUCAGUUACCAAACCUUGAACUUAUGGACUGUGGUAUGACCAUAUGUGAUCCUAAUUCUGACAAUCCGACUGCAGACAACAACAGUUGUGAAUUACAACACAGAUCUAUUGCUAAUGGUCACCUAACAAACCAAAAGCUAAUCAUCAAACAUAGCCGUUUAAAGAAACUUAGUUUAUGGGGUUGUUCUGGCUUGGAUGCUUUAUAUUUAAACUGCCCACAACUUACUGAUCUCAACCUAAAUUCUUGUAGAAAUUUGCAUCCAGAGAGGCUGUUACUUCAGUGCCCUGGUUUGGAAAAUGUGCAUGCAUCUUGUUCUCAAGAUCUUCUAAGUAUGGCCAUCCAAAAUCAGGUCCGCAAUGCUUAUACAGCCAUGGAAAAUCUUUUACUUUGUAAGCGUUUACCUGAUGGGUCCAAAAAGGUCCGGGUUCCUCAUCAUUUACUCAGUAACGAGUUAAAAACAAUAACAGCAAAACCAUUGUUGCUAAGAACAGUCGGAGCUCGCCAUCGGAACCGGUUUUUGCUACCCGUCGCGCGCGAUAACAAGUUUUCGCCGCUGCCUUUUGCUCCAACUGGCUAUGGCAGUAGCAAGAUUGCUCUCUUCAAGGUUUUAUCUGCUGAGAAGGGGCAGGUUCAUAUAGUAGAGAAAAGUGGAGUUGAAGAGUUAUAUGAUGAAUUGGCUGCACGCCUUCUGCCUUCAGCAUCGGUGUCAUCAAGCCCUAAUUUUAAACACAUUGUUGGCUUGGCUGGUCCACCAGGUGCUGGAAAAAGCACUCUUGCACAUGAAGUAGUCAGCCGGGUAAACAAGCUUUGGCCAGAGAGAGCUUCUUCCAUGGACUCCCAGAAUCCAGAGGAAGCACAUGCCAGAAGGGGAGCUCCAUGGACAUUCAAUCCAUCACGUCUACUUGCGUGUUUCAAGAAUCUUAAAAUUCAUGGAUUCGUCUAUGUUCCAUCAUUUGACCAUGGGGUUGGGGACCCAGUGGAAGAUGAUAUCUUUGUGAAUGUUCAGUGAGUAUCUUACAUCAAGAUGAGUCCCAAUGAUAAGGAUUUUAUAUAUUUUUGACAUGAGACAUGAUUUCGGACAAGGCUAAAUGAUGAAUAAUUUAAAGCUUACGCGUAAAAGAAAAGAAAUGAUCAUCAUGGAUGAGAUCAAAAAAUAAAGUUUAAUGAAUUAUCUCCACCCUUAAGAAAAAUGACCCAAUAUUUAAAUCCAUGUGAACUCCAUUGUUUCAAUGAGAACCAGGUAUCAGCUACAGGAUAUAAAAUAAAACUGGUGUGUACUAAUGUGGAGGUGUUAUUCCAGUGAGGAAUUCAACCUCAGAAGCAUGUAGAGUGUAUUAGUACAGUAUAUAUACUUAUGAAUAUUGUAAAUUUAAGAAAAAUAGCCUUGGUAUAAAGGGGCUCUUCACGCUGCUAUUCCCGUUUUAAUUAAUUUCCUGCCUAAUACCCCUCUCUUCUUCCCCUGCAGAGUCUCCUGUACAUUUGAGUAAUUCUAAAAGUGGUUAUACAUUAGCAUCACUCUUUUCCAAUUAUAUAUGGUUCCCACCCAAACUACAUGCUACAUACUUACACAUCCCACAUAAAUAAUUUAGACAAAUCUAUACAUAUUUUUAGUUAAUAUGUGUUUGGUAAUUUCACAAAACUUAAUUAAAUUGAAUAUGAUUAUGUAAAAAUUAUUAUUUACAAUUGCAAUUCUCAUUAAAAAUAGUUUAAAUCCCCCGCUUACAAAUAGAUUUUAUCCAAGUUAGUGUUUGGCUUCCCCAUUUUGGCUUUGAAAUCAACAAUUCGGUAUACUUUUACGAGUUAUGUUUUAGGAUUAAUUGGGUUAAACUCGUCAAUUUUAAUGUUUAUUUAUUUAUAGCCUUAUUUAGACUUUUCUUCUCUUUUUCUUUUCCUUCUUUUUAAUUGGAAUAUAUCUACAUCCAUAGACAGACUUAAUUUAUUGUUCUGGCAAUCAGUAAUUUGAAAAAGAAUAUGUUAUAUAGUGGAACUCAACUGUCGUUAACAAGGUUUUUCGUAUACGGUUAAGUGGAAUAACAAUGCAAGUAAAUUGAUGAAUUAUGUCUUUCAAUAAUAAUCAGAAUAUUUUUAGUUAUCAAGGCCUUAAUUGUUUAAAUUUAUUGAUAGAAUGAGCAUUAUUUUACUAACAGUAAAACAUAACAGCCCCAACUAAUAAGGAAUGGUAUGUGAGUUAUAAAUUAUAGCUUUGAAUCAGUAAUACUAAAUACAAUAAACAUACAUUAUAUACCAAAGGAAGUGCAAAUAUAUUUUGAAAAUGACUCCUUCAAUUUUAGUUAGAAAUAGUAGUUAUGCGAACUUGCUGAAAGUCAAGAUUUAUAGUUCCGUUCAUCAAUUUUUCCAUGGAACUAAUUAAUUUGGUUCAGCUUUUACCAUUAUGAUUGAAACAAAAAAACAAGAUAACCCAUUAACUCUAAAAUGGAAAGUGCAUAGAAAAAAUAAAUAGUACAACAGAUUCCAAUCUCAUGUAAUUUUUGGUUUAUUAAUUAAUUGAUUUUUAUAAUAUUUAUUUCUUUUCUGGUAUACAUCAAUAUACUUCUUCUUCUUCUUCUGGUAUACAUCAGUAUACUUCUUC